AUGGCGCCAGCGCGCCGAUCUACGAGGUCGAAGGCGGAGACGGCGGGCAACAAAACAGAAACAGCACCAAAAGUUUCCGCUACACGUGUUGCCAAGAAAGCGAAAGUUGCUGCGAAAGAGACCAUUGAAAAAGAGAUCGAGGAAAAGGAUGUACGGAGAUCGACACGUACCAGGAAAGGAACCAAUGUUGAGCCAGAGGGGGAGAAAGUAGCAGAGGCCAAGGCUGGAGAUGAACAUGGGGCUGAGGAGGCGAACAAAGCAGAGAAGAAUGGAAUUGAAAAAGCUGACACCACACCUGCGGUCCCCGAACCUCAAACUGCGCCUGUUAGCGAUGUUGACCCAACCGUCCCGCCAGUAAAAGCUAAAGCGACACGAGGCCGUGCUGCGAAGGGGAAGACUACAGUUACUGCGCCAGUGGAAGAGGAGGUCGUUAUUGUCGAGGCUACUAUUGCUCCUGCGACACCUGCCCCCACAUUAAGGCGGUCUACAAGAGGAAACCGCGGAGCAUCUGAAGCCCCUACAGAAGAUAAUAGCAUUACUGUGGCACCUGCUGUAGAAAAGCCGAAACGUGGAAAGAAAGUCACUUCAGAAAUUUUCGAGGCUUCUGCCGUCGAAAGUGCUGCCGCCUCUUCAAGCGCUACGCCUCAUUGGGCUAAAAAGAGAGAAAGUAAGGCAGAGGAACAGACGGAGGUGAUUGUUGGUGGCCAAGGAGAAGAUGUGCCAGAAAAAGCCACAGCGAAAGGGAAAAAAAGAAAGGCUUCAGUUUCCAGGAAAGGGAAGGGCAAGGCGAAGAAAGUGCACGAGGAGCUCGAAGCCAAGGAGGCCGAAGCCGAAGCCGAAGCCGAAGAGCCCGAAAUCGAGGAGCCUGAGGCCUCUGGGAACUUCGAAGUCGAGGAAAUUGGUACCACCGUCAAAAGACCGAUCCCAGCUGUUAAGGAGGAACCCACAAUCGACAACGAUCCAGUAACAGAUCACGAAGUUGCCAAAGAAGAACCCAAGCACUCGACUAAAACAGCCAAGCCCUCUAAGAAGGCAACCGCUGCCGCGAAGAAGGCCGCUGCCAAGAAGGCGUUGGUUACCAGGAAGCCCACAAGAGGUAAAAAGAUUGAAGGAGUCGAAAAUCAAGACGAGGCCUCUCAGCUUGACCAAACAGAUCGAAUUGUGGAGGAUAUCCCGAUGGCCAAUCCUCAAGUGAUUAUAGAAUCUUCCAAGAAAGCCAAUGACGAAGAGACGGCUCCAGAACCAGCAUCGGAGGUAUUGGAAUCCUCGCAAGCCACCGAAGUAGACGAUUUUUAUGGGGAUGGAACAAAUAAACUACCCAAAACUCAAGAUUCUGGAGUUUUUAUCGAUUCUUUUAGAAGUACUCAGGACGGACCAGAAGCAAUCCCCAAAGAACAGAUUGAUAUUAAAGCAGUUGAACAAGAGGCGAAGGAAGACAGUGAGGUUGGAAUUAAGAGUUCUGAUAUCACACGUGGGAGUGCGGACUCCAUCUCAGUGAAGAACGCUGGGGAUGAGAGCUCCGGCGUUGCUCCCAUGAAUGAGAAUCCCUCAUCUGAAGAAAAGACUAAAAAAGCUGAGAGUCCCAUCUUUGCAGCCAGGAGCGAGGACCUCAAGAACCAGGCGGAAGAUGCAAUCGAAAAUAUAGUUGGAGCUGAUUCUCAACCCACCAAUACCAACAAAACCAAAGUUCCCAAGCCUAGGAAGAAGUCCGCGGCCACUAAAAAGAAAGAGCGUGCAGCGGCAAUCAAAAAAGCAAAAAGCCAACUUCAACCUGAAAUUGACGCUGAUGGUGAUGUUAAUGUUGACGCUGAGCCAGAAGCAGAAAUUGAUCAUAAAAGUGCUCCGUCAAGCUCGAGGAUUAUUGAUCCUGUUAUCGUCCUUGGUCCGAGAAAAAGCGGUAUUGCUAAGAAAGCCACAACAGUUAGAAGGGGAAGAAGCGCUGCGGCUAAACAAGAAGUCCUUGUGACCGAAUCUGUCCAAGAGGAUGAAAUCAUGUCCGAUCAAGGCAACGAUGCAGAGCCAGAGAUUAUUGGCGAGAAAUCGAAAACCAUCCAGGAAAUUGAACCAGUUGAUGUCGUAUCCGAAGGAACAUCACUUAGGCAAAGCUCAAGUGAAGCAGUUACUCGAAUGACCGAAGAUGUUCAGAAUGAAACGGUUCACGAGGAAAUCCCUGGGAAACCCUCCGAGGAGGUUAGCGCGCAUGAUGAGGAUGAAGAAUUCGCUUUACCAAUGUCUAAGCCAAUUAUUCUUUCCCCGACUAGAUUCACUUCACCGGAUCCCAAUUUAGACCCUAUCAAGAGUUCAGUACCUUCAUCGCCGGUCACUUUUAGUGUAUCUCAUCCACAGCUGCACUCUUCACCACUUCGUAAUGCUAGUCAAGAGCCUAUUCUUGCCUCUCCAGGAUCGGUCACCACGCCUAGGGGCCCUUCGCCAAUCAAAAAGUGGGCAACACCUAAUAAACAUACGCCGAGUCGUCUCUCUCGGAGUGGAACCCCAUUCAAGAAUUUGGAAGACUCGAGAGAUAUCAGGAAGGUCGCUAGUACCCCUACACGAGCGCUCAAUGUCGACGUUCAAAGCAGCCCAGUUAUGAUGCCGCCCCCAACGCCGGAUGCCGUUGCUGGUGAUGGAAGAAGCCCAGUCAAACAAACACCAACCAAGGAGUCGCUGGUAGGCGAUGUUGUUCUGAGCAAUGCGAAGAUCAACUUGGAAAUGGAAAAUAAAGGACAUAUGAAUUCAAGCCCCAUCAAAAACCCGACACCGAUAAAAGCCGACUCUUUUAUUCGAUCUAGCCCGGCUGGUCGUUUAAGCUUUGCUGAAGACCUCCCUAGUCCAGCUGCGAGGAGAUUGGAGAGUGGAAUUCCUCUUUUGAAGAGCCCGGUUGCGUCUAGUUCCUCAAUAAGUAGUCCUAUUAAGAAGACUAAGCUUGAUUUUUUGAAAGAUACGAAGACCUCAGCACUGAGUUCAUCACCAAGUUGGAACUUGUCUUUCACCUCGGAAAAUGACGAAGAUGACGAUGAUAACGUUGGUGAUGAUACAUUUGCUGAUCGGGAGUCAUUCCACGAUGUUGAAGAUCUUGUUGAUAAACUCGGUGAAGAAGAAGUCUCUAUGGAAUCUAUUCAUAAGGAAGUUGUUGACCAGGAAGAGACAUUUGUGGAGAAGCCUGCGGCUGUUUCAUCUAACAUUCUCCCGGAGGAAGACAAAAAAGAGGUUGAGAACAGCAGAUCAUCUAACCCGGAUGAAAGUAAGUUGUUUAAAUUGUUUGAUAAGGCUAAGGAUGCCGUUGAGCAAGAAGAGUCUACACCUUUGGUACCCGAAGCAAAGGGCGACAUUGCCGAGUGUGACCUUACGUUCACCGCGUCUGACAAUGAUUUUGACGAAGAUAUCCCGUCCUCUCCCUUGGACGAAUCCCCAUUUAAACUUCAAGAGUUUUCUUAUGAGCCUACCGCAAGCAUCUUUCCUCCUAAACCGGACAGUAGCAAAGUAGAGGGAGAUGAUGAGGAGGAAAAGGAGGAAAGCGACACUGAAGUUUUUUCUCCGAUCAUGAUCAACAACCAGUCGGCCCGAAAAGAAGAAGAAGACACGGACUGGGGUGAAGACGAGGAAGAUGGUAAAGGGAUUAAAUUCCACUUGGAUCCCGAGAGCACCGGGGGACGCCUUCAGGAAUUCCGUGCCUCGUCACCUCCAAAUUUCUGGCGAGCCCAAGAGUCCAAAGCUACUAAUUUCUCCCCAAGUUCAUCGCCUAGAACAGCUGAUCAACCGGGCGAUGAAACCGAAUUUGAAAAGUCAUACGCUCGUGGGCAAGAGGAAGUGGAAGAGGUCCAAACGGCACUAGGCGAUGAUACCUUCGAGCAAUCAUAUAUUCGUGGUCUUGCUAUUGGCUCUGAUAAAUCAUACGAGGGUGUCAAUCUAUUGCCUGACGAAGAGGCUCAGAAGACACCGAUAGAUAUGGAUAAUACUUUCGAGCAGUCUUAUAUUCGUGGUCUAGAUAUGGGUUCCGAUCAAUCGUACGAGGGCAUCAACCUAUUGCCUGAUGAAGAGGUCAAGAAAACACCAAUAGAUAUGGAUGAUACAUUUGAGCAGUCAUAUGCCCGCGGUGUUGAUAUUGGUUCCGAUCAAGAGUACGAGGGCAUCAACCUAUUGCCUGACGAGGAGAAAGGUGAGGAGAUUGGAGAGGACACUCAAUUUGAGAUGUCGUUUAUGCGAGGAGUCGAAGCAGAGAAGGAAGAAAUCAAGAUGGAGCAAGAAGAGAGGAUGAAAAGAGAGAGGGAGGAGAAGAUAGCCAAGGGCCGUAAGCGGUUCUUGGAGGAACCGCAGGAGGAGUUUCAAGCCCUCAAGAAGAGCAAAGGUAAGGACGGUCGUCGUCUAACCUUCCAUCCUGAUGAACCGGUGUCGAAAACGACCAGCAAGAAGCCUCGGAGGAUGUCGGAUAGCACUUUACCGGACCGUCAAUAUUACCUGAAAAACUCUCGACCAGACGAGGUCCAGACCAACUGGGAGGAGCACAUCAGGCGCGUGAGGAAGGAACGCUUCGCGGUCUAUAAGAUUCAGAGAGCAUAUCGGGCUUAUAGGGCUGUCCGUGCUGAAGCUACAAAGGCAUCUACUGGGAAUACGGUCCCGCCCAUCAAAGAAGGGAGUGAAAUUUCACCCGUCACAGAGGUGGAUGAGAACCCACCCGUUACAGAAGUAGAUGAAAUCCCGCCCGUCACAAAAGUGGGUGAAAUCCCACCCAUCACAAAAUGGAGUGCUCUUCAUCAUCCUCCAGUUCGUCCAUCAGUGCCCCCAGAGAGAAAAACUCGUCGAUCCCAAGUUCCUCUACCUGCCUUUUCAAGCAUACCACCCCCAAGAUCUGGACUUCCACGAAUCAAGAGGAAGGCUGCUGACGGCCUCGAAACUGGGGGGCGGGUCGCUAAAUCAAACAUUCCUGUUUCGAGUAGCGUCUCGAUGCCUGAUCCGAUGCUAACGAUGUGCAACCGCCACACAACUCAGAACGGGUUGUUCUCAGUGGGGAUUGAAUUCAAAAUUAUUAAAAAACCUUUCCCUCGCCCCAGUGAAGCGGCCCUUGAUGCUGCCACCCGGAAAGCAGCCCAGGAAUCAAAGGAAAGGCGCUGGGGACUAAUGCAGGAUACUGGCUGCAUGCUUCAUCCCGGAGAAGAGGAGGAAUGGGUGAACAACGAUAACUCGAAGGUCCGAUGGGAUCCGGAAUUAGUCUAUAUUUGCGAUGAUGAAGAAGGGGAGGCUCCACCGAAAGAAGAUACUAAGAAGAAGUUUCCAGAGCGUGGCGUUUUAAAGGCACCACCUCCGUUGACAAUCCAUGGAAACUGGGUUCCAGCUCCUAACGCCCCUCCUCUCCAAAUUUCGAGGGAACCUGUGGAGGUAUCAAGAGUAGUGUACUUGGGAGAGCCUGAACAAAAGGAACCUGUAUAUGGGAAGAAGAGGCCCAGAAAGUAA